AUGUACAGGACGUUGGGCUGCCCGCUCGAUCCCAUGGAUCACUUCCCUUCUGGUGAGCUCCUCCAAUCACCUACAGGGGGGUAGAAGCUGCUGUUCCGCACUUUAUCUUCCGUGAGCCACGGGGCCGCCGUGCCGUCUUGAUACCGACUUUGGUACCCCUAUGUUAUGGGAUUUGAAUGUGUAGGAAAGUACAAACGGUAGUGCGGGCUAAUGCCCAGAGAAAAAUGGGAACNCAGGCUACUGCUAUUCAACACGAGUUAAUAACAAAGUGAUCUCNAUCUAGUAGCCCCUGCUUUAGCAGCUGAUCCUGGCCCCAUCCUAGUCAGUGCUCUACCUUCCCUUGGCAACAGCUACUGCUGUUGCACACGAGUUAAUAACAAGACGCCGCUGAUGCGGCCAACGGGUCUCGGCCCGACCUCCACGAUGUGGUGAGCUACCUCCUCGCGGCGAUGCGGGCGGCCACCAUGUACGCUUAGUUUCCGGUGGUGUGGCCCCCCUGCGCCGUGACGAUUCCGGCAUCUUCGGCGUUCCAGCAGCCCAAGGCCGGCCGCGUCAAGGCCAAGCCGCUCCAGCCCAUCUUGCGAGAGAGCAGCUCGGGCGAGGACUCGGGCUGGAGUUCCGCGGGAGUGUCUCGCCGCCCCCCGGAGCCAUCUUCGUUGGCGGGCGAUGGCUGGGCACGGCAGCAGGCCAAGCCCCACACGAGCGGGACUCGUGGCAAGGGAGGCGGAUCGGGCUCUGGUUCAGACCGGAGUCUCACCCGGAAGCACGGCGCUCGGAAGGGUGCUUCUUCCAGGCAACAAGUGAAGCGGAGCUUGGAUGGAGGAGCCCUUGGACCAGACGCUUUCCAGCUAUUGUUGCGUCACCUGGCGGAGCAAUUUGACGUCGGAGACCACCAAGAGUCGUUUUUGCGGCUGCAACAAUUUGGCGUAGCAUAUGGUACUCCUUUUGCGGAUUAUCUCCGGGCUUUCCGUUUGUUAGUUUCGUCUGUGACUGGCUCCGAGCGUACUUUGGCCCCUAGUGUAUCCAUGGUUCUCGAAAAAGUGCGAAACUCGGUCGACAAGCAAUUUCCGAGUCUGUCUCCGCUUUUGUACCCGGGUGUUUUGGUCACUGCGGUCGCUCCCUUUGAGUCGAUUGCGGUUAUGUGGGAGGCGUUCGCGCCUUUGGCGACAAUAAAACCCCGGCUAUCGGGGGUUCAUCUUAUUUUUCGUUGACUUCGACCGACCACGUUCCGACGUCGUCCCUUCAUUCUGCGGUGCACACACGAGCGCCUUCGGACGGCUUCGUGCCCUCCAUCGACCGACCGGUUCGCGUCAUUUUCGCAAUACCCUCCGAAUGUCCCGUCGGAUCACGACACCGCUGUUUGGGCCGUGUCUUCAGAAUACAUCCCGUCCUCCUCCUCCUCGCUCCCAGAGCAAGGUCCGGAUUUGGUUGGUGGUGUUGUCACCAUCGAUGACGACUCUUUCACCAUCAGAAUCCUCCUCCACAGCGGUUCGGCCUUUG